AUGCGGUGGUUGAUCUUCGGCUGUACGGUGCUGCUGGGUGUCCUCGUGCCCGUGUCGUCAGACAAGCAGCCUGUGUCGUUGGCCAAUGUCCUGUCGCCCAGCGGGCGGUUCAUGUUCCCGCUGAUCGAGAUCAGCGUGCCGGAUCUCAUCAACGGUAUCCUGUCGACGUUCCGGUACUUCUGGACACGCUUCCAGUGGCUGUUCGGUCUGAGCGAUAGCACGAUCGUCGGAGCAAAGGAUCCACCGGUCCCGAUUCCUUCGGCCGCGCUCAAAGCCGUCCCCCUGGCACCGGAACCGUUCGUGUGUUCGCCGAUCAAAACCGUCUCCGUCGAGGUCGACGAUCCGGUGAGGCAUCCGUACCUGCACAAGAGCAAAGUGAUUCGCCGCAAGAAGCGCAAAAAGCGACGGAAGGAGCACCUCGGAAAGGUGGCCAUCGACUGGGACAUGGUGGCGGCACAGGCCUGGGCGUUGCUCUAG